UUAGGCCUAUAUAUUUUUACCACAAAUGCCUACACUUUUAUUAGAAGAUUUCACACACACAAAAUAAAAAACUAAAAUAUUUAAUAAUAUAAGUAUGUAUUUUUAUUCAUACAUAUGAUUGGUUCGACUGCUAAUACUGGAAAAAGAGGCUGAAACUGUGUAACUUGUCAAGUUGUCACAAUUUCGAUCUUGUGUAUAUUUGGAAUUUAUCAUUUUCACGCUGUCCGUCUGUCCACCGCUAGAAAAAAAAAUUCAGUUUUGAAAAUCAAUGGCCACCGUUUUGCAAAUCCCGUCGCAUUGCCUUAGCAGCAAACCCAUCUCGUUUUCAGCUCCAACAAAUGGUAAAAUCAACAGAUUAUUUUGUAUCUCAAUUUCGAGUAAUGAUAAGUCCCUCAUCACCAGAUUUAGGGUAAGGGCUUUGAAGGAGAAAACAGAGGAGAUUGGAAAUCCCUCGUCUGCUGAAGAAGUUACCAAGAAAUAUGGUCUUGAAGCUGGGCUCUGGAAGAUAUUCUCGUCGAACGAAGAAAACAAAGAGACUACUACAAAGUCGAAAGGUGACCAAGCAAAAGAACUCCUAGCAAAAUACGGAGGCGCGUAUUUAGCCACCUCGAUAACCCUUUCUUUGAUAUCAUUUGGGCUAUGCUAUUUUCUAAUAAGUGUCGGUGUGGAUGUACCGGCAUUGCUGCAGAAGGUUGGGAUCUCAACUAACGAGACGGGUGAAAAAGUAGGGACUUUUGCGUUGGCUUAUGCUGCCCAUAAGGCGGCUUCACCAAUUAGGUUUCCGCCGACUGUGGCCCUUACGCCUGUCGUUGCUAGUUGGAUCAGGAAAAAAGUUGAUGGGGCAAAUGAUAAAAGGUCAUGAGAACUAAGAUAUAUAUUAGAUAUAUAUGUAUAUAUACAUUCAGUUGUCCAUCAUGUAAGGUCACAUUUUUCACUAUAAAGAGCAGUAAUUAUUGUUGCUGUUGCCCUAAUUGCUGUUGUUGCUUAGUGUUGUUAAAUUAAAUGAGCAUGGCUCGGCUUGUUAAUGCUCGAAAAGAGAAUUUUUAUAU